GAUCCCAAGAAGAAGAACAAGCAAAGGCAAAGUAGCCCGGAGAGAAAGGCUGCAGAGGAUCCCAAGAAGAAGAAGAAGCAAAGGCUAUAUAGCCCGGAGAGAAAGGCUGCAGAAGAUCCCAAGAAGAAGAAGAAGAAGCAAAGACAAAGUAGCCCAGAGAGAAAGGCUGCAGAGGAUCCCAAGAAGAAGAAGAAGCAAAGGCAAAGUAGUCCGGAGAGAAAGGCUACAGAGGAUCUCAAGAAGAAGAAGAAGAGGCAAAGUAGCCCGGAGAGAAAGGCUGCAGAGGAUCCCAAGAAGAAGAAGCAAAGAUACAAUAGCCCGGAGAGAAAGGCUACAGAGGAUCCCAAGAAGAAGAAGAAGCAAAGGCAAAAGAGCUCGCAGAGAAAGGCUGCAGAGGAUCCCAAGAAGAAGAAGAAGCAAAGGCAAUAUAGUCCGGCUAUAAAGGAUCCCAAGAAGAAGAAGAAGCAAAGGCAAUCUAGCCCGGCUGCAGAGGAUCCCAAGAAGAAGAAGAAGAAGCAAAGGCAAAGUAGCCCAGAGAGAAAGGCUGCAGAGGAUCCCAAGAAGAAGCAGCAAAGGCAAAAGAAAACGGAGAGAAAGGCUGCAGAGGACCCCGAGAAGAAGAAGAAGCAAAGACAAAAUAGCCCGGAGAGAAAGGCUGCAGAGGAUCACAAGAAGAAGAAGAAGCAAAGGCAAAGUAACACGGAGAGAAAGGCUGCAGAGGAUCCCAAGAAGAAGAAGAAGAAGCAAAGGCAAAAUAGGCCGGAGAGAAAGGCUGCAGAGGAUCCCAAGAAGAAGAAGCAGAAGAAGCAAAGCCAAAGUAGCCCGGAGAGAAAGGCUGUAGAGGAUCCCAAGAAGAAGAAGAAGCAAAGGCUAUAUAGCCCGGAGAGAAAGGCUGCAGAAGAUCCCAAGAAGAAGAAGAAGCAAAGGCAAAGUAGCCAGGAGAUAAAGCCUGUAGAGGCUGUAGAGGAUCCCAAAAAGAAGAAGCAAAGGCAAAAUAGUCCGGAGAGAAAGGCUGUAGAGGAUCCCAAGAAGAAGAAGAAGCAAAGGCAAACUAGUGGUAGCCCGGAGAGAAAGGCUGCAUUGGAUCCCAAGAAGAAGCAGCAAAGGCAAAAGAGGCCGGAGAGAAAGGCUGCAGAGGACCCCAAGAAGAAGAAGAAGCAAAGACAAAAUAGCCCGGAGAGAAAGGUUGCAGAGGAUCCCAAGAACAAGAAGAAGAAAAGGCAAAGUAACACGGAGAGAAAGGCUGCAGAGGAUCCCAAGAAGAAGAAGCAAAGGCAAAACAGCCCGGAGAGAAAGGCUGCAGAAGAUCCUAAGAAGAAGAAGAAAAAAAGGCAAAAUAGACCGGAGAGAAAGGCUGCAGAGGAUCCCAAGAAGAAGAAGAAGAAGCAAAGGCAAAAUAGCCCGGAGAGAAAGGCUGCAGAAGAUCCCAAGAAGAGGAAGCAAAGGCAAAGUAGCCCGGAGAGAAAAACUGCAGCAGAUCCCAAGAAAAAGAAGAAGAAGAAGCAAAGGCAAAGUAGCCCGGAGAGAAAGGCUGCAGAGGAUCCCAAGAAGAAGAAGAAAAAAAAUAAGAAGAAGAAGCAAAGGCAAAGUAGUCCGGAGAGAAAGGCUGCAGAGGAUCCCAAGAAGAAGAAGAAGCAAAGGCAGAAUAGCCCGGAAAGAAAGACUAUAGAGGACCCCAAGAAGAAGAAGCAAAGGCAAAGUAGCCCGGAGAGAAAGGCUAUAGAGGAUCCCAAGAAGAAGAAGCAAAGGCAAAGUAGCCCGGAGAGAAAGGCUGCAGAGGAUCCCAAAAAGAAGAAGCAAAGGCAAAGUAGCCCGGAGAGAAAGGUUGCAGAGGAUCCCAAAAAGAAGAAGCAAAGGCAAACUAGCCCGGAGAGAAAGACUGCAGAGGAUCCCAAGAAGAAGAAGAAGCAAAGGCAAAGUAGCCCAGAGAGAAAGGCUGCAGAGGAUCCCAAGACGAAGAAGAAGCAAAGGCAAAGUAGCCCGGAGAGAAAGGCUGCAGAGGAUCCCAAGAAGAAGAAGCAAAGGCAAAGUAGCCCGGAGAGAAAGGCUGUAGAGGAUCCCAAGAAGAAGAAGCAAAGGCAAAGUAGUCCGGAGAGAAAGAUUGCAGAGGAUCCCAAGAAGAAGAAGCAAAGACAAAGUAGCCCGGAGAGAAAGGCUGCAGAGGAUCCCAAGAAGAAGAAGCAAAGGCAAAGCAGCCCGGAGAGAAAGGCUGCAGAGGAUCCCAAGAAGAAGAAGAAGCAAAGGCAAAAAAAACCGGAGAGAAAGGCUGCAGAGGAUUCCAAGAAGAAGAAGCAAAACAGCCCGGAGAGAAAGACUGCAGAGGAUCCCAAGAAGAAGAAGCAAAGGCAAAAUAGCCCGGAGAGAAAGGCUGCAGAAGAUCCCAAGAAGAGGAAGCAAAGGCAAAGUAGCCCGGAGAGAAAGGCUGCAGAGGAUCCCAAGAAGAAGAAGAAGCAAAGGCAAAGUAGCCCGGAGAGAAAGGCUGCAGAGGAUCCCAAGAAGAAGAAGCAAAGGCAAAGUAGCCCGGAGAGAAAGGCUGCAGAGGAUCCCAAGAAGAAGAAGAAGCAAAGGCAAAGUAGCCCGGAGAGAAAGGCUGCAGAGGAUCCCAAGAAGAAGAAACAAAGGCAAAGUAGCCCGGAGAGAAAGGCUGCAGAGGAUCCCAAAACGAAGAAGAAGCAGCAAAGGCAAAGUAGCCCGGAGAGAAAGGCUAUAGAGGAUCCCAAGAAGAAGAAGGAGCAAAGGCAAAGUAGCCCGGAGAGAAAGACUGCAGAGGAUCCCAAGAAGAAGAAGAAGAAGAAGCAAAAGCAAAAUAGCCCAGAGAGAAAGGCUGCAGAGGAUCCCAAGAACUGCAGAGGAUCACAAGAAGAAGAAGAAGCAAAGGCAAA